CUCCGCUGAGUGACGCCACGCAGCCGCGCACGUGUGGAGCGGAGCGCAGGAUCUGUAGCAGCAGCGCUGAACCCAGAAUAACAACAAUAACGCAGAAUAACCCAGAAUAUCAGGGAAUUACAGCGGUUUAACACCAAUAUCCAGCCGUAACGCGCUGCAGCUCACCUCCAGUCCGCCAUGGGAGGAUUACAGAAGAAGAAGUAUGAAAGUGGGUCAGCCACCAACUACAUCAGCAGAAAUAAAGCUCGCAAGAAGCUCUGCCUGAGCCUGGCUGAUUUCAGACGGCUGUGUAUAUUGAAAGGAGUUUACCCACAUGAACCCAAACACAAGAAGAAGGUGAAUAAGGGCUCCACGGCCCAGAGGACCUUCUACCUGCUGAAAGACAUCCGCUUCCUGCUGCACGAGCCUAUCGUGGGCAAGUUCAGAGAGUAUAAGAUUUUUGUGAGAAAGCUGAGGAAGGCGUAUGGUAAAGCUGAGUGGGGGGGAGUGGAGAGACUGAGAGACAAUAAACCUGCAUACAAACUGGACCACAUCGUAAAGGAGAGGUAUCCCACGUUUAUCGAUGCUCUCCGUGAUGUGGAUGAUGCUCUGUCCAUGUGUUUCCUCUUCUCCACGUUUGCCCGAACGGGAAAAUGCCACGUUCAGACCAUCCAGCUGUGCCGUAGACUCAGUGUGGAGUGGAUGAAUUAUAUCGUCACCUCUCGCUCACUCAAGAAGGUGUUUCUGUCCAUCAAGGGAAUUUAUUACCAGGCAGAAGUGCUGGGACAGACCAUCACAUGGCUGGUGCCGUAUCAGUUUGCUCAUGAUCACCCCACAGACGUGGAUUACAGAGUUAUGGCCACUUUCACAGAGUUCUACACCACACUGCUCGGCUUUGUCAACUUCCGGCUCUACCAGACCCUCAACCUUCUGUACCCGCCCAAGUUGGAUGUGAAGGGAGAGACUGAGCUGAAAGCUGAGUUUGAAGAAGACUACGCCAUGGAUUCUGAAAGCUAUUUGGAGAAAUUGUCUGCGUUGAGUGCCAGUCUUGCCCGUGUCGUCUCUUCAGCGGAAGAGGAGGAAGCGGAGAUGGACUACUUCCCUGUAGAAGGGGAGGAUAUGGAGAAGAUGGAGGCGAGGGUGAAGGCUCAGCACGAGCAGGACAAACAGAAGAAGCUUUUUGAAGGCCUGAAGUUCUUUCUCAACAGAGAAGUGCCCAGAGAGUCACUGGCCUUCAUUCUGAGGUGUUUUGGUGCGCAGGUUUCCUGGGAUAAGUCUCUCUGUAUCGGAAGCACGUAUGAUGCUGAGGAUGAAACCAUCACACACCACAUAGUAGACAGACCCAACAUGGACAAACAGUACAUGAACAGGUACUACAUUCAGCCUCAGUGGGUGUUCGACUCUGUGAAUGCGAAGAUGCUCCUGCCCGUGGAGGAUUACUUCCUGGGGGUGACGCUGCCCCCUCACUUGUCGCCGUUCGUGGAGGAGAAGGAGGGAGAUUACGUUCCUCCAGAGAAGCUCAAACUCCUCGCUCUCCAGAGAGGAGAGAGACCUGUGGAAGAGGAUGAGGAAGAUGAUGAGGAGGAGGAAGAAGAAGAAGAUGACGAUGAGGAAGAGGAGGAAGAUGACGAUGAGGAGGCAGAGGAAGAGGCUAAACUAAAGGAAAUGGAAGAGAAGAAAUCGCAGGGCAAGGCCUUACCAGUGAAGGUGACCCCUGGCAAGGUCAAGUCAGAGAACCGCCACAGACUGGAGCAGGAGGAGAAGGCUGAGGAGAAGAGGCUGGCCAUCAUGAUGAUGAAGAAGAGGGACAAAUAUCUGUACGACAAGAUCAUGUUCGGCAAGAAGAGACACGUCCGAGAGACUAACAAAAUGGUAGCCAAGAGAAAAGCACUGGACGAGGCCAGCAAAGCCGACAGGAAGAAGAAGAAGCAGAAGAAACAGUAGAAACGAUAUUCUAAGCUUUUUUAUUAUUAUUAAAUAAAUUGUCUGUUAAUUCUCUCCAUCGGUUGGUCUCUUGUCUACUGUUUAUGCAAAUGAGUGGAACAUUUUUUUUUUGGAGAGAGUGAAAAUGUAAAAUAUAUCUUCUCAAUGUCAUUUUGUCCUUGGGAUUCAUUGUAUCUUACUUUUGCUCACUGUAAAAUAAAGCUACCCGUUUUAUUCACCACA